GCUCAGUUGUACAUACAAACUGGUAGUACGCACGUGUGAUGGUGGGGAUGACCACCGCGGUACUAACAUCACUAAAAUACCCCCACCUUUUUUCCUCUUGCACACCUACCACACGCCUCACACUGUCCUGGCAACUUCAUUCACGUUUUCGGUGAUCGGCAUUCACUCGCGAGCCGCUACACCGUGCGGUUUAUCACCACAGGUGGAUUGUGCAUCAGUGUAAUCACUACUCCGCCCACCUAUAUAUUUAUAUAUCAUUAAUAUAAAUCGAUAUAUUAAUAUAAAUUACAUAAUUGAAUACCAUUCAUAUAUAUUUCAUUUAAAUAAAUAUAUACUGACUAGGAAAAAAAAUUUUUUAAGUAUCAAUGACAGAAAAUAUUCAAAUGUAACUUUGAUUGACACAAGAAAAUAGUAAUUUUUUUUAUAAAGACAUUAAUAAGUGAAGGAGUUAACUCGGUAAUAAAAUUAGUAAAGUGAGACGCAUAUAACAACGGUACUUAUUUACUAACUAACGUCUCAUAUAAUACAGCAGCUCUUUACGUUGUGGAAAGUACUACACGCUCCGUUUCACGUCGUAGACUUAGUCACGCCCGCGUGUCCUCUUCCUUACACUCUCUGACAGUAUAAAUUUUUAUAUUUUUUUUAUAAAUAUUUUACUAUUUUUUUUUAACUCCAAUAUAUAUAAAUACACAUAAAUGUGCACUUGGUAGUUAAUUUUAGCACGCAAAUAAAUCAAGAGAAUAUUUAAUCGCGAGUUUUCCGAGACGUCUAGACGUUUGUCGGUUCUCGUUAAACAACCAGUUAUAUAUCGUGUUAAAUAAAAUCCUCGUGUUUAAAUAACUAAAUAAAAAGUAAAGUAAUAUAUGUGUAAGGACAUGUUUGGAAUGCAGUUAUUUAUUUAAUAACAACUUGUGUGGACUUGACUAUUUUUUAUAAAGUAAUUUGUGAUUUUUUUUACGGAUAAAUUUUAUAAAUAGUGUCGAGUGUUUGUUAAUUCAUUGAUUGUAAGACAAUGGAAACCAACAUGAUACUUGUUUUACUAUUUUUAAACUUCAUGUCCUGUACGCAGAGUUCAGUGGUAGUAUCAGAUGUAUCAGAAAGUCCAGGAGCAGUUGAUAGUUUGCCAAGUUACGAUCCACAGUUUAUGGCGCAUUGUUAUUUUCCUGCUGAAUAUCAAGGAGAUUUUUUGAUGCAAGUUAAUGGACCUGGUAAAGGAUCGGCAAAUUCUGGAGAACCGAUUCAAUAUUCAGCACUCAACAUAACAUUUGACUCUAUACCUGUUUGGGGAUACUGUCACAAACGAGUUGGAGAAAAUGUUUUGCUGGUUGACACAACCGCAGAAGGCCAGUGCAUCAGGUGCUUCCGCUUGAAACGAAGAUCCCGUAAUAUCAUUGAAGUCUUCUCAGAAGACCUCAACAGGUGCUACACAUACGAAGACAGCGCACUAGCGUCAUGCGACAAACUAAACUCAAGAUCCAUUCUCUAUCGUACAAAAGAUAUCGGAGGGUUGCCGAUAAGAAAUGAAUUCUGUCCGAUAGCGGGAAAAUAUUUUUUUAAAUACAACGUUAAUGAUGGGACUGAAGAUACAACGGAAUGCAAUACAUUCUCAUCGACUCUGGACAACUGCCCAGACGGUUCUGUAUUUCGUUUGCAGUUUAAAAAAUGCACAUUCGAAAAUCACGGGACUAAUUUAAUCCUCGAAAAUCGAACGACUGAAGUCGAUCGAAAUAUUACAUUCAAUUGCUUGGGAAGUUGGCCGGCUGGACCUGAUUACAGUAAUAACACGCGAUUUAUUGCACUUCUUGACACCCGUGAAACUGGUGAUCUAAGACCACAAUAUCGGUGUGGGUUAUAUCAUUCAGAUCCAUCAACUAAUAGAAUAUACAUGGCAUUUAGUAGUGAUUCAAGUUGUACUCAAAAUCUUCAUAACUCAACCAGCGGAUAUGAAACUUUAAUCCUUACACGAGCCCUUAAUACACAAAAAAUGCCAGAUUACGUCUCAUCUCAUUUAGCAUCGUAUCCGAAGUGGGUACACGGGGACUGGGAAGAGUCGAUUAUCUCCAAAAGUACGAUGUCCUUCAACGAUCUCAAUGGAUACCGUAGCUAUACAUUCGUCACCGUUGACUCGAAUGACGACACUGAUCGCUACAUAGUUUACUCUAAAGAUCACUGUGAAAAUCAGGCCUACGUUUGUAUGAUGAUGAGACAGAGGAGUGAAAAUGUUAUGGAAUUCAAAAUAGGAACUAUUUCGAGUCCCGUGUACGCAAAAUAUUUGUGUGAAGAUCCUAAUUUAGAUAGAUCUGAUAGUACUAGUCCAUGGAUGACACAAGCUCGGUUAGAACGAGUAGUGGAAUCUCCGUGUCCUAUCACAGGUCAUUAUAUAGGCAGAAUACCAGAUUUACCAGGCACGUGCGCCGAAUUGAGUAGUAACUGCAACACUAAAGAGAUUAUGUACUACAAAGUAACCGACUGCGAAUCAGGAGAAUUAUACGAAGAACGUACGUAUUUGUGUCUCGGACAAUGGGAAGAAAGAGGAGUAAUGUACACAUAUACGAAACGUAAUGAUACCACGAACGAUACUUAUGCAAAUACUGAAUGUUUCGUUGGUUUAAUCGUUAAUGACGACGAGAUUUAUAUCAAAGAAGCCGGUGAUCAUUGUUUACGUGAUAUAGAUCCAAGAACAGAAGGAAUGCGGCUCUACAGAAAAGGACAAUGCUACGGUAAUUCUCCGAGUCCAGCACCAACGCCAAUAAGACCAAAUCCACACGACCCAAUAAUGCGAAUAACAACACAUUCCAUACCCGGUAACGCAUUAGCGCCAACGAAAAAACCACCGACUGUAAUUUCAUCUUCAGUAUCACACUUAACAAUUCACUCAUCUCUCAAUAUCUUUAUCUAUCUGACAAUUUAUAUUUUUUAUAUCAAUUUAUAAAAAAAAAAUCAUGAGUAAAGUCUGUAAAUCGACGUGAUGUAGAAAUGCAAAGAAAUAUUUUAUAUUUUGAUAUAAAAUUUGUAGUAUAAAAAAUUGUAGAAAUUUUUUUUUAAGUUAUAACAUAGGCCUACUAUUAUUAAUAUAUUAUUUAAUAUGUAUGUAAUUAAAUUUUAAUUUUAAUUGUAAUUUAACUAUUUAAUUAACUAAUUUUUUUUUAAUAUUAAAUGUACAAUGUAUAAAAUUAAUCGAAAGAUUUCAUGGAAAUCAUGAGUCACUAAUAUAUAUUUUUAUCUAACGGCAGCUUGAUAUGACAAUGCGUCAAUAUAUAUUUAUAUUAUAAAUUCACAUUGCUUUUGUAAUAUAAAACUAUUAAAAUUUUUUUUUAAUUAAUUAAAUAUAUAAUUAAUUAUUCACACAGAACUUAAUAGUUCACUAAAUAUAUCAAAAGCAAUAAAUACUUUAAGAGACACAGACUAAAAAAAAAAAUUUACAAAUAAAUAACAACUGCCUUGUUACGAUACUUAAUAUCUAAGUACAUGUAAAUAUAUUUUAUUGUAAUUAACUUGUUAUCAUAUUUUAUUUUGUAAACAAAAAAAAAAGUAUAUUGUGAUUGUAUGAAUAAUUUUUGUGAGCGAGUGAAUAAAAUGAAUAUAUAUAUAUGAGAGUGUCAAAUAUAUGAGUGUUAUUUGCUUUGCCAGGUGCAUUUUUAUAUUGUAAUUAUAAUUAUAA